ACUCGUGACAGAGACGUUCUGUAGGCAUCCCAUGAACGUUACCGGCCAGUGCAAUCGCCAGUCAUGCCCACUAGCCAACAGUCGGUAUGCGACAAUUAAAGAGGAGAAUGGAAUAUGCUACCUAUAUAUGAAGACCAUCGAGCGAGCACACACCCCUAAAAACCUGUGGGAGAAGGUCAAGCUACCUAAAAACUACACAGAAGCCCUGAAAAUU